CUCUAGUUGGAAUCUGCUUAUACACUGCAUUGUGCAGAUACUUACCUGUAAAUUUAUUACUUGGCAGCUCUAGAUCUUCAUGCAGUAGAGCAGCUUUGACAGUUGGACUUGUAGCGCCAGGGAAAGGAAGCAAGGCGUGGAGUCGAAUAAUGGCGUCUUCCUGUUACAUGUGCAGUCAGUUACAGACAAGUUUGGCUCGUUCAAGCAUCCAGGCUCGGCAAGAACAGACAGGCGCUUCCGUUGCUUCGUUGUCACCUUGCAGAUUGAGCCCUUUCUUGGAUCUUCCCUCUUCAAACUCAACUCAAUCUUCCUUCCGUUCUCCUGCUAGAAGAAGUGCAAGGCCAGUCUGCCAAGCGGAAGAGCCCAAUCAGGGAGCGCCAGCUGUCGACGCCCGCGCCCCCACCAGCAUUUUGAGUCCCGCCACGCCGCUGCCAAGCGCCGCAACAACAGAGGCCGUCCCGGCUCCAGGCACCGAAUGGAUCAACUUUAACCUAGACAAGCGCUCCCCAAUCACGCCUCCAGAGUGGGAAGACAAGGUGAAGAAACAGAAGGAGGAGAAAGCGGCCAAGAUGCAGACGAGCAUAAGGAGACGGCCCCCGACGGGGCCCCCGACGCACGCGGUGGGGCCGUUUGAGUUUAAGAUCGAGAACGAGGACAACUUGCCGAGGAACAUAUUGGAGGAGAUUGUGUGGAACAAGGAUGUGGAGGUGCAAAAGGCGAAAGAGAAGACGCCUCUCGGUGCUUUGAAGAGGAGCGGGAACCCCGCACCCCCUCUCAACUUCGUGGAGGCCCUGCGGGAGCGGGCGGCAGAGACGGGAGUCCCGGGGCUGAUUGCAGAAGUCAAGAAGGCGUCGCCGAGCAAAGGCCUUAUCCAGCCCAACUUUAACCCUGUGUUGAUUGCACGCGCAUACGAGGCUGGCGGCGCGGCCUGCUUGAGCGUUCUGACCGACGAAAAGUACUUCCAGGGGAGCUUCGACAAUAUUGUGAAAAUCAGGGCAUCUGGCAGUCGGCUGCCGAUCUUGUGCAAAGAGUUCAUCAUCGACGCGUAUCAGAUCUUCAAGGCGCGCAUGGUGGGCGCGGACGCGGUGCUCCUCAUCGCGGCGGUCCUUCCUGAUGUGGACCUCAUCUACAUGUCCAAGAUCGCAAAGUCCCUCGGAAUGCAAGCCCUUUUAGAGGUUCACACGCUGGAAGAGAUGGACCGGGUACUCGGAAUCGACGGCGUGCAGAUGAUUGGGAUCAACAACCGGGAUCUGAGUACGUUCAAGACGGACAUCCACAACACAGCGCGGCUGCUCGAGGGCGGCCGCGGCGAGCAGAUCCGGGAGCGGAACAUCCUAUUGGUGGGCGAGUCGGCGCUCGCAACUCCGGAGGACAUCGCCAUCGUCCAAAAGGCGGGAGUCGGAGCUGUCCUGGUUGGAGAGUCGUUGGUAAAACAAGCGAACCCUACGGAAGCCAUUGCGGGAUUGUUCGGAAAGGAUAUCUCUCGGAAACAAGUUGAGCAGUGAGUGUAUCGUCGAACUUGCUGUUGGUUCUCGAGGGACACGGAAACGGAUACAUGUAAUGCCUUCAUUUGCUACAGGCUUUUAAAUAGAAGCUUUUGCUCUUCGAAGUUCUGCAGUCGACCUUCUACUUACCCGCGGUGGCAUCGACUGCUUUCAUGCAGAUGUUGCAUGAACUGUCUUCUGAGCUUCAAUAUGACCUCGUGGUUUCGG